UCUGACCUUGAUUUGCGCCUUGUGUUCUACACACACAGAUCCAAUACAAAACAGAAAUGACUUGCACCCAAUCAACUGCAUGCUAAUCAUAUCAUGCCAAUAAUUGGGGAUGUCUGAAGUCAAGCUGGAAUUCUGGGAAAUAAUGCAGCAUUCUGGGUAAAAAAACUGCGGACUGAAUGUGAAGUUUUGUACCUUAGGAACGUCUGUUUGUGUCCACAAUAUGCAACACAGGGAAACGCUGUCUGCUGGCUAUGUGCCUCCCCUUACACAGCAGUUGCAAGUUGUGCCUGUCAUUCACAAUAGCAAAAAGGUUUGUGCUUGUCAGUGGUAGGACCAAAAGUGCACAAGGUUGGACUGGACCGGCGGGACACCAGGGAAUGUUCAUCAGGUUCUAGUUCAGUUAGUAAGUUGGGAGUAGAGGUGUUGCUGUUGUUUAUUUUUUUCUCCCCAUGUUAAAUAAACCCUGUACCACGCAAAAGAAGGAGAUAUAAGCACGCUGGCACUUGGUUCAGUUCCCUGGAAGAAUGGCUGCAGGAAGGAAGAGCCUGACCCUUGGCUUGUUGGUGCAACACUUUGUCCUGCUUCAAGGAGCCAAAAUCUUGACAGUAAACUUUUUUGGCUGAAGCCAUUAUCUCUGGAUGGACGGAAUCUCUCGUAUUCUACACAACCACGGCAAUGAAGUAACAAUGUUCCGGCAGAUUGCAGAUGGAUUGCUACCAGAUUACCAGAUGCAGGAGAGCCCUUACAGACUGGUCACCUGGUCCCUGGAUGAAAAUUAUCUUAAAGAAUAUGGUGAAUUUUUCAGAAACAGCAAAUACAACUUAAAGGGCAGUGAUGAAGUUUCUUCUCAUUUGGGUCUCUUUACCCAUCUGUCACGCCAGUGCAAGAUGAUAUUUAACCAGACGUCCAUCUUGAACUUAUUAAAGGAGGAGAAGUAUGACAUUGCGGUGAUAGAUUCUUGCAAUCCCUGCUCCUUUCUGGUUUCUGAGAAGUUAGGAAUCCCCUUCAUUGCUACUCACCCCUUUGCACUAAAAAAUGCUUGGCAUUCAGGAAUACCGAACCUGCUGUCCAUUAUGCCAGCGUAUCAGUCCCAACUAACUGACCACAUGAACUUCUUUGAACGGGUAAAAAAUGUUUUUUUUUACAUUGACUCAGCUGUAUUUGACUGCAAAAUUCACUCAUUAUUUGAUGAUGUUAUUGAAGAGCAUUUCCCAGUAGGUUCCAGACCAACCUUUGUGGAACUCUACAAGAAAACAGCACUCUGGAUGUAUAAUACAGACUUUACCAUUGAAUUUCCCCAUGCUUUUUUUCCAAAUGUUCUGUACAUUGGAGGUGUAUUGGCAAAACCAGCAAAGCCUGUCUCACAGGAAUUGGAGCACUUUAUCUCUCAGUCAGGAGAGCAUGGGUUUAUCCUUGUGACAUUUGGCUCCAUGAUACCAUCCAAUCCACUCACUGAGUUUGUGAAGGAAAUGAACGAGGGUUUUGCAAAAAUCCCGCAAAAAGUCAUCUGGAGAUACCGAAUAACAGAGUGGCCGAAAGAACUACAGUUGGCCCCAAAUGUGAAAAUAAUGAAUUGGAUUUCUCAGAAUGAUCUCCUGGGACACCCCAAGGCUCGUCUUCUGGUCACUCAUGCAGGGAUAAACAGCGUGCAGGAAGCUAUCUAUGACGGGGUACCUAUGGUGGCAAUACCCCUUUUUUAUGAUCAGUUUGACAAUGCAGUACGGAUAAAGGCAAAACAUUUGGGAACAUUUAUUUCAUCAGAUCAACUGAAAGCUGAGAAACUGGCAAAUGCUAUUAGGCAUGUAAUAGAAGAUAAAAGCUACAAGAACUCAGCAAUGCACUUCAGCCUGAUACAGAGGUCACAGACUUUUCCCAAGGAGCAGCAAAUAGUGCGAUGGGUGGAGCACAUUGUAACAGUGGGAGGAACCAAUCACCUUAUUCCAUACUCCUACCAGCAACCCCUGUAUCAGCAGUAUCUUCUGGACGUCAUUUUAUUUGUGUGUGUGUGUUUCAUUGGGGCCUGUUACCUUACUGUGAAGGUACUGAGGCUAUUCAUCCAAAGGCUUUGUUCUGUCAGAAAGGUAAAACAAAAUUAAAGGCUCAUUUUUAUAGUAACAUACAGCUUGUGUCAACAAAUUGACAACAAUAAAAAUAACCUCUGCACAAUUAUGUAACCGUGCAUAACAUGUUUUUAACAAUGCAAUAUCCAUAAAACUCUACCACUGCAUUGUCUGUUAC